AUGUUCUCUCUACGUCGCUGGUCAAGCCCGAUAGCACUUUUCGCCGGGCUGACUCUGAUCACAAGUGCGUCGGCCUACACCCAACAGAUCUGUUCUGGACUCAAUACCGCCAGCACAAAUAAGAAUUCCAGUAUAUACCAGUCGGGCGGUCUUUGCCACGAUUUCUGUAUCGACUCGUAUGCCUUUGCAGUGGUUCAAUAUGAUGGAUGCUGGUGCUCCAACUACGCUCCUAGCGUUACAGCAGAUGGGUGCAAUACACAGUGCCCAGGAUAUCCCUCAGAACUGUGCGGUGGAAAUAAUCUAUUCGGAUAUAUAGCGUUGGCGUUGGCUCCCUCUGGUACAAGAGGUCCUCCCCAAUCCGCCGCUGCAUCCACGAGUUCUCGUCCGGUUAGUGUAACCUCUGUUCCUCCUACAAUGACCGUGACGGCUACUCCUGACGCUGUGACUAUUAUUUCUACUGUUACGCCCGAUAUUCCUACUCCUUCUCCUUCCGAGACCUCGACAUCUUCUACAACACCAUCGGCAACUUCUACUACAUCAACAACAACAACACCAACCACGACCAGCACCCCCUCAACCUCUUCCAGUACUAGCGAUGUCGAAACUUCCUCGACCUGGACGCCAACGCCGGUCACCUCUCUUGAAACAAUUACAGGUUCAGUCCGAACUGUAACCGUUACCCCGACCGUUCCUCCGAACUCUCAGAAUCUUAACAGUGUGUCCAAGAACAGUGGAGGCGGAGGGGGCCUGAGCACAGGAGGUGCAGUCGGGCUUACCAUCGGAUUGGUGGUAUUGAUUGCUACCAUUGCUUUAAUGGCAUGGUAUUAUAUGCGAAAGAGGAAGCAAGAGAAGGAAGAUGCCUUUGCGAACUUGAGUCGGGCAAACAGUGUUACCGGCCAAUUGGGAAGCGCUGGAGGCGGUGUACCUUCGCGGACGAUGAGUGAAAAUUCCAGAUACGUCCUAAACACGAAUGGUCGCCAGGUGGUCGAAGCCUGGGAACCAGAGACGGGAGGAAGACAGAAUCGUCUAGUACCCGUCGAUCCACGAUUAGAUCCAUUUGCCCCAUUAUACCAAAGGGACAACAAAAGCAGAGACAGUAUUAAUACUUUACGGGAUGACCAAGAUUAUUCGAGACGAGUACAGCAGCCUCGACCAGUGCUGCGUGUCAACAAUCCGGAUACCGAAUGA